UGUAUCGUAUCGGUCGAGGCUAAUUCACCUUCACUGUAAAAUAUGCCCCAGGCGAAGGUUUUAUGGUUUAGCUGUCAUCGCUGCGCGCAGAGGAGGGGAGGUGCCGGGCUGGGUCUGGACAAACGUUUCAAUUUUACACGAUGUUUUCAAGGAUUUCGGCGGCUAGGUGAGACAGAUGUGGGACAUUUCUUAAAAUCAGGUAAUCCCACGUGAGAGAUAACGGGCGCCUGUCAGCCAUGGAUUGCUGGGGAACAAAGAAGCUGCUGUGCCGGGUUUUCAUCCUUUUGUUGUGGAAUCUAUCAAUUACCUCAGAGGAGCAGAGGACUCCCUCUGUGAUUUACAGUAAGAACGUCACAGUAUCGAUGUCUCUAUUGCAUCCGAAGAAAAGUCCGAAGGGAAUAGGCGGCCAUCAUGGCGACGGCGAAAACGUCACGGAAAUCAUCUCUGGCAGUGGUGACAUCAUUUCCGGUAGCGGUGACUUUGACGGCAUCCAAACGCUUUCUGGAAGAUUAAAGCUGAAUGGCGAGGGUUUAUUCGAUGGUUACAUCGAACCAGAAGAAGUAGAAAAAGAUAGAAAUCGAAAACAACGAGCUAUCGAUGACGACUCUGAUGGCGAAUCUGGUAAACUGCACGUUGUCAGCUGUAAGAUGGACAUUACAUGCGAUCCCGCAGAUCCUACAGGACUUUGCAACUGUGAUAAUGAAGUCCAAGAGUACGGGGAAUCCCGCUGUGUCAUCCCAAAAGCACGCAUCAGUCACAUUUCUAGGACAGACGGCAGAAGAUUGAACCUCUUCUGCGUGGGAUUGUCACUCGACAUCAAAGAGGCCGAUGGUUCGAAUGAGCUUCAGGCAGAAUGCCAACUCUUAGGAGGCGAUAAUGAUGUUCAAUACAGAGUUUUUGUCACCAAAAACAUAGAAUUCGACGAGAAAGAAGGAGAAAGAGUUAAAUUUAGGGCUUGCUUAGAACCUAUAUAAAUGUAAUAGAAUACCCAUUAUAAUGUCAUUUUGUAAAUUCAUGUAUGUGGUACAAAAAGAAAGUUUUGUCAAUAUUCACAUCAGAUCAAUGGUCAUGGGUGGGCGUUGGUCUCACCGUGGGCUAAGGGUGUUCGCUUAUAUGUAGUGAACCAAUGGAUGUCUGUCGUUGAAGACAGCAGAGGAAAUCUUUGUCUGGACCCUUAGUCAUGCAGUGGAAGCACGAUAGAUGGUAAAUUCUGCAGUAUUCCGUCUAAAGAUAUUGUAGAAGCCAUGCAAAUUUCAAAUGGUGACGCCUGAACGUCAAGUGUAAUUCUGCAAACAUUGACUUAUAACACAUUCACCGACAUUGUACAAACUGAUCUGGAUGAACUAAAAUACGGGUUCAUGUCUCUUUCGUUUUGCCGUCAUGCUUGACAUCUACGCUUAUCAACCCCAAAGUUUGCUGAAAUCUGUAAGGUCUGCAGCCUACAUAAAAGAGGAUCAUUUGUGUAAGAUUGGGACCAUGGGCCAUGGUACAAUCUGCCAAAUAUUAACAGAUUGCCACCAUUUUUUUUAUUGAUGAAAUGACAGUAGUUUCUACCAGUGUUGUGAACCUUCUCUAAGAUAUUACCAUCGAAACAAAAUUUGGACGGGAAGGCAUUCGUUUAUAGUUAACUGACAGGCAAAUUGCUUCAUGUUCAUCUGUAACUAGUUGACUAACAAAGCAUCGACACAGUCACACCUUUCUGUCUUCGCUUCUGUUUUUCAGUAGUCACAACCUGAAGAUCUAUUUACGUGGCCCUUGCUUAGAUAGACACAUAUUUUUGUACUCUUGCUUAUUGUAACGUGGCACAGCUAACCAAAGUUUAUCGGCCUACAUUUUCUCAGGGCUAAUACAUAAUAUAUAUGUCUUAAAGCUUGUGAAGUAAAGGCAGAAACAGAAAUUUAACAGAACUGGUCUACGGUAGAAACGUUCCGAAAUAAAAAAUUUGAGACAUAAUAUUUGAUGCCUCUCCAGAUGUCAACAUGAUAUAGCCAUUGAUGUAUUGAUAUUGUAAAUCAUACAUUUUUACGUUGUAAUUGCAAAAAGCCCCACUAUGUGCAUAGCUUUGAUAGGUCUCAAGUCUAUCUCCUCGUCUUCACAUAUUUGACAAGUAGCGCCAUUUCCCUGUUGCUAGAGUAUUGUGUUCAUUGCAUCAACAUUGUCUUUUAUAUUUACAGCUAUGGUUGAAUGGCAAUGCCAUGAAGAUCAAGUGCCAUGAAAAGGCACUAAAGAUGAUGUAAGAAAGAAAUCAGGAAUAUUUUUGUAUUCACGCAAGACAAAAUUCGAAGUGUAAUAUUA